UUUGUUUGUCAUGCGUGCUCCUCCUCGCCCGUACAGUCAUGGCGCCAUUGAGCCGCUGGUAUUUCACUCGGGAGCAACUAGAACGUAGUCCGUCCCGGCGAGCUGGACUGGACGCAGAUAAGGAGCUCUCGUAUCGACAGCAGGCGGCAAACCUCCUGCAAGAUAUGGGCCAGCGGCUCAACGUAUCACAGCUGACCAUCAAUACAGCUAUUGUAUACAUGCAUCGUUUCUAUAUGGUUCAGUCUUUCACUCGAUUUCACCGUAACUCUGUAGCACCAGCUGCUCUCUUCUUGGCAGCAAAGGUGGAAGAGCAGCCACGGAAGUUGGAGCAUGUAAUCAGGGUGGCACAUGCAUGCCUGAAUCCACAAGAACCUGCCCCUGAUAUCCGAAGUGAGGCAUACCAGCAACAAGCCCAAGACUUGGUCAUUCUUGAGAGUAUUAUACUGCAGACCCUGGGCUUUGAAAUUACGAUUGAUCAUCCACACACACAUGUUGUAAAGUGUGCACAGCUUGUCAGAGAGUCUUGUGUUUCUACAGCAAGCAAGGACUUGGCUCAGACAUCGUAUUUUAUGGCAACAAACAGCCUGCAUUUGACCACUUUCAGCCUCCAAUAUACCCCACCUGUGGUGGCUUGUGUCUGCAUUCACUUGGCAUGUAAGUGGUCUAAUUGGGAGAUCCCUGUAUCGACGGAUGGGAAGCCAUGGUGGGAGUAUGUCGAAGUAACAGUCACGUUAAAGCUGCUGGAUGAAUUGACCCAUGAAUUUCUUCAGAUCUUAGAGAAAACUCCUAAUCGCCUGAAACGAAUCAGAAAUUGGAGGAUUAGUCAGGCUACCAGGAAACCUAAAGAAGAAGAUGAAUGUGAAGAAGAGUCUGAUAAUAAUAGUAGCUUUUCAGAACAGACUCUUCUUCAAAUGUUCUCUCAUAGUGGAAUGGUAGAUAAUGCUUCCCUUUCUGAUUCAUCAUCUCAGCCACUCUCAGUUAUAAAAAAUGAUGGGGAAAUGUCUGAAGGGCAGUGGGGGUGCCAGCUACAGAGCCAGCAGGAUUUGCAUAGACCUGGCGAUCACGUUACAUCUACAGAACAGUCACAAUUGCUUGGUUCCAAACCAGUGCCCCUUGCUAAAAUGUCUCUGAAGGAGUACCGAGCAAAGCAUGCUGAGGAAUUGGCAGCACAAAAACGCCAGCUGGAGCAAUUGGGUGCCAACCUUAAAGAACAAUAUGCUUGUGCUGCUCAGAAUCUGUUAAUACAGCAGCAGAAAGAACGUGAUAAAGAGGCCCAUGCCUCCCCUAUUAUACUGAAGAUUCCGUUGCAUGAAGUAAGUCACAAACGCUCUGAGAAAUCUUCCAGUCUCAAGCUUCGGCUUCCUGUUACUAGCCGGGAGAAAUCAGAAGAGGGAAAGAUACGAAUUAAGUUGCCAAAUGAGGACAGCAGCAAGAGUCGAGAUAAGCACAGAAGUAGUUCUUCACAUCACCAUCAAAAUAACCAGUCACAUCGUCCGCACCACCAAGAAUCAUCUGGAAGUAACAGUAGCAAACGUUCUCUACCUCCCCCAGUAGUUUCAACGCACAAAUCUUCAUCUAGUUCCCGAAAACGUCCUGCCACAGAGGAAGCCACAGGGCACGAACAGCCUACUCACAAAGUCAGUAGGACCUCCAAACCUUCCUCACAGGAACCUGCUGUUUCACACUCAUUAAACCGAGUGAGAGGAUCUCAUAGCAAAACAGAAAGAGAAUCUUCUGGAACCAAUGGUCACAGUGUCACUAAAGUCAUUGAUUAUCAGGACACAGUGAACAUGUUACAUUCACUACUUAGUGCACAGGGAGUACAGCCCAUGCAGCCCCCGCAGUAUUUAAAUCAGUUUGGGGAUUUUCGCAGGACACGGCCCGGUAACACUGAUAAUUUCAGGCCUCCCCCACUUCCUGUUGAGCCUCCUCCCCCUCUUCCGCCACUGCCAAAGUGAUAUAAGUUUUGAGCCUAUGAUUUUAAUGUCUAGAAAGGUGAAUUGAUUUCCGAUAUCUGAACUAUCCUAACCAGCACACUAUUUUUCUUUAUCUUUGCUCUUCCAUUUUUCUUUUUUAUACCAACUAUAAAUUGUGGUUUUGUUCCUUCCUAAACAAAGUCUUACCAUUGUAUUUGCAUAAUUUUAUUGCACAUCUAAAAAAAAAAUUGAUAUCACUUUCUAGGAUUUGAAUCACUCACUUCUUAUGUUAUAUUUUGUUUAUGUUGCUGUUCUGUCUACUUCUAUCAAACGGGUCAUAGUUUUAAAAAUUUUCUAUAAGAAAGUAUAUGAAAAUUGUUAAAAAUGUAUUGAUAACAAGCUUUGCGAGUUUCUAGUACAUUGUAUUUAAAAUGUUGUCUAACAUUGUUAUGCUUUUUUGUUUGUUUUCAUUGUCGGUGUCAAACUUUCAUCUCAAUUAUGAAGUAAGAAAGUUUUUUUUUUUCUAAUGGAAUUCUUCUUAUUUGUGGUUAAUCAAUGUUGCUCAGUGUGGCCAAAACUACUGAGUUAAUGGCCCUAACAUCUGGUGUUAGCCAGGGGAGCUAGCUGCAACUGAUUUAUUAGGUAGCCAUCCCCGGUUAUUGGCUCUUCUAAAUAAGAGACACGGAAAGCUCUCAAACUCUGAGAGGCACGCGUAUCUCGGCUGACACACACAAAUCCUUUAGGGGAACCCUAUAGUGAUUUUCUAAAGAAAGUCUUCUGUCCUGGCCCUGUCUAACAUUGUUAGACAAUUUUUGAAGCAAAUCCGUUUGCUAGUCAUUUGUACACCCUGUUUGACUACAUCCGAACAACUUACUCUCUCCCUUUUUUAAGAUGCUUACUAAAUGUUGCCCAGUUGCGCCACAGUUUUUAUAAAAUGUUUUUAAAGAUUUGAAAGUAUUGUUAAAUGGAAAAUAUAGCUGGGAAUUGUUAAUCAAAAAAAAAUAUUGUUGCCUCCUUUGAUGCUCUGAGGAACUUGUAGAGUUUCUAUUUUUCCUUUGCUCAGUAUUUCAUGGAUGAAUGUUGUCACUGCUAGUCUGGCGAGUAGCUUUGAUAGACCAGCAUUCACCUGCCUGCUGUUAAAUGAUUAUAACCAGUUGGCUGUUAUCAUUAGCUUGUAUGACUGUCUACAAGGGAGGCUUAUAGUCUGCAGAGCAGAUAUAUGCUCAUGUAACUUUCCAUGAAGUGGCAAUUCCUCUUAAUAAUAGAAAUCAAGGAAGGCUUACAAGCAGUCAUCCACUUUAUGUGCCUUAUUGGCCUAUAUGUGAAUUCUGGUUUUGUUUUCUUCUGCAUUGAAAGAGCAAGUAGAAGGUUACAUUACUUAACAUUGGCUGCUUAAACUACUACAAUUUUGAAGCAUAUUUCAUACACCUUUGCAAUCAGAAACCGCACAUACCAUUGAAAAUAUUCAAGUUUUGGUGGCUUUUGAAUGCUUUGUGUGUUCCUGUGUAGUUUUUCAUCCAGCCAGAGAGCUUUGUUGAUGAUACCCGUGUCAUGAGCCCUGCAAAUGGCCUCUUUGUACUGCUGUUUAAUCAUAGGAUUUUGUUUCUUCUACCAACAAGUCUACAUAAAUAAGGGACAAGAAUUAAAAAUUGUUUUGACAAAGUUUCUUGGGUUCCUCUAACUUGCAUCUAGCCUAAGAGAGAAAUGCUUCAACAACCUUAAACUUAAAGCAUUAGUCCAAUCAGAAAAGAUUUAGGGAAAUGGCACCAAGGCGUGAAAAAACAUUGCUAUUGCGUGGUAGACGUUGUAAUUGAAAAUUACCUUUCUGUUUUGGAACGUGAUUUCCAUGAUCCAAGUAAGUCCAAUGAUUUGGAACACUUGUUUUCUGUGAUCUACACACACCACACACACACACACACACACUCACUCACACACACACUCUCUCUCCCUGUUGGUGCUCUGCCUACUCCCAGAAGCAUUGUCUUUGCUCCAGUACUGGUGGAUUUUGGCAAAAAAAAAUGCAAGAGUUCACAUUUCAGAGCAGAUAUCUGCCACUUUUGCCUGGUCCCAAGCGAAAACUUUGGACAGGACAGCAGCAGAGGACCAGAUUCUCUGCCUGCAGAGCCUAGUCUAACCAUAGCCUAAGGGGAUGAGUUCUAGUUGUAUAUUUACGUUGGAGGUGUAUCCUUCUGAGACUUGGGGUUACUUAUGUGCAAAUAACCAGUGUUGUAUUCUUAGCUGUAGGGUUUCACUCUGCAAGAUAACAUUUUCUUUUGUAUAGACUUCUGGCUCUGUAUUACAUGAAAUUGUUGGUUUUGCUUAUAUGUCAGUAUGACAUUUUGAAUAUCAAGUAAAACCCCUAAUUAAUAAUGAAAUAAUUAUAUUGAUGAAUAUAUCAAUUGUCAUUAUUAAUAAGACUUGAAGACCCCACUGAUAAUGGAACAGCCAUGUUUCUCUGCAAUGUUGGCUAUACAUGGGGGCCUGUGUGCUAGACUUCAUCAUUCAAAUCCAGAUAGUCUUCCUCAGGAUCCCCAAGCCCACAGGACUUCUUAGCAACUCAAUAUCCGCAAUUGUUUAUCCCUCUAUCUUCUUUAUAAUUCCAGUUAGGCCUUGUUUCACCAUUAAAGCAGGAAUGGAAAACGUUUGGGCCACCGGAUAUUAAAGUUAUUGCCAUUGUCAGACAGUAGCUGGAUGAGCAUUUCACUGUGUCUUGUAGUAUAUUCACUAUGGGAAUUUAUAAAAAAAAAAAAAAAAAAAUGUUUACUAGAGAAUGAAUAAAAAAAAAGAUGUUAUUUACAAUUAAAUUAAUAAAAGAGAGAUUUUAAUUAUAGCCACUUUUACUAUUUGCAUAUGGAGAUAUAUUUCAGUCCGCAACCUUCUAGCAGUUUGUAUUACAGACAAUAUGGCACGAUGAGUGGUCUUUGUCCAGACCAAUAAUAAUUGCUUUAGAAACUGGGGUGAAAAGAAAAGGCAUCCUAUAAAGUAUAUAUUUUUGUUCCUCUUCGUAUCAAAUCAAUCAUUAGGCUACAUGUUUGUGAUGUCAGAAAACACAUGCAUUUCAGACUGAAUUAUAAUUGCAGCACGUGGCAGAUGUGUGUACGGUACACAGACAUGCCUCCAAUGUGGAAAAAACACUUUGGGGAAAUCAGUAAAAGCAUCUGGCAAAUACUUUUAUGGCAAAAUUAUGUAUAGCAUGCAAAGACAAUGUUAUGAUAGAGAUUUAAUGUCUUGUGUCAGUAUUAAGGCUGGCCAUAUACUGUACAUACCAAUACAAUUGUACAAAAAAUGUUUUUCUUCUGUGUAAGGAGCCCCAAUGAUCCCGACCAAUAUCCAUAGUAGAUUGGGCAUAUAUCAUAAUCUGAUGAGAAAGUGAGGAAAAAGUCUGAAUGUUGAAUAGUCUGGUCCUGCAGGAUCUGUUAUCUGUAUGGAAUAUGAAAUCCCCUAGAACUUGUGUCUUUAAUACUUGCCUUUAAGCCAGCAAUUCAUCUAAAAGUACUAGUGAGAAACGUAUGUUCACUGCGUUCAAUUAUUGUUGUGUGUGGCAUGGUGAAAUGACUGCUUGCUUCCUACCCAGUGCCAUUCUCUGCAUUAUGUUUUUCCAAACAAAGGAGGAUUAAAAAGGGAGUGUGUAUAAGUAAAUAUGUAUAUAUACUUAAUAUAUGGGUCUGUAUGUGCAUAUGUUAAAUAUUUAACAACAAAAGUGGACUGGACAGUGCAAAGUGUAAUUCUAUUUUAAAAUACAUGUGGUUAAAGGAUGUCUAUGCAAAGUGCAAGUGGAUUUAAUGAGACUGAAACAAAGUGGCUGUUUCAGUAACUGUUUAAAAGAGAAUAGGAGUCUGCCUGCAGCAACAUCUGUCUAAUGCAAAUAAAGAUCAUUUGAUUGUA